AUGAAAGCAGAAUAUAAAUUAUUAGAAUCAUUAACAGUAUCAAAUUUAAUCGAUGUUGAGAAAUACAAGUCAUCUAGUGGUUUGACCAUUUACCUUGCCAACUCGGUCAACCCUUUUACAAAUGGCUACAUCUUUAUUCCAACUGAAGCAAGUUCUCAUGAUGGAUGUCCACACACUCUCGAACAUCUUAUCUUUCUUGGAUCAGAAGACUACCCGGUCAAAGGUUUCUUGGAUAUCACCUCGACCAAGUGUUUUGCCAAUGGAACCAAUGCUUGGACUGAUGUAGAUCAUACUGCAUAUACUUUAAAAACUGCAGGAACUGAAGGUUUCUUGACUGCAUUACCAAUCUUUUUGGAUCAUGUUUUGUAUCCAACACUUACUGAUCAAGGUUUCCUUACUGAAGUACAUCAUAUCAAUGGUGAAGGUAAAAAUUCUGGUGUAGUUUAUAGUGAAAUGCAAGAAGUUGAAACAAAAAAAGGAAAUAUGUUGAUUAAUGAAGCUACCAAAUAUAUUUAUACAUCAGAUUGUGGAUUUAAAUAUGAAACUGGUGGAAAAUUGGAAGAUCUUAGAUCUUUAAAGUCAGAGACUGUAAGACAAUUCCACAAAACCUUUUACAGACCAGAUAAUGUUGCCAUUUUGAUUGUUGGAGCUGUCAAUAGUCAAGAUGUUUUCAAAUCCAUCGAGAAAAUGGAAGCAAAGAUCUUAUCACGUGGUACUUUACCACCAGCACCUCGUCCAUUCUCCGUUCAACCUACUCUUUUUAGUCAAGACAUUGUAAAGACUGUCAAUUUCCCAUCAGAGGAUGAAACCGUUGGUGAUUGUUAUCUUUGUUUUAAUGGUGAUAUCAAUUAUGAUCAACAUGAAUUAAUUGCUGCUAUUUCUGUUUUAAAUGAUUACUUAACUGAUGGUGUAACUAGUCCAGUUGGAGGUGAAAUGGUUGAUAUCGAAGAACCAUAUGCAUCAGAUGUUGUUGGAUAUGAUCAAGAACGUCAUAAAAUUAUUCAUAGUAUUUAUUUUUCAAAUUGUUCAGUUGAUAGAAUGGAUCAAAUUAAAGAUAAAUUUUUAGAAAUUAUGAAAAGAUUAGUUGAAGAAAAGGAAUUUGAUAUUGAAAGAAUGAGAUCAAUCAUUGAACAAAGUAAACAAAAGACAUUAUUUUCAUUAGAAAAAUCACCAGAAAAUUUAAUAUCUGAUAAUGUAGCAAUUGAUUUUGUUUAUUCAAAAGGACCAACAGAGUUUGGAAACCUUUUAAGUUUCCAUUUUGAUUUGUUUUUGGAAAAAGACGAACAAUAUUGGUUGGAUAUUAUCGAUCGUAUCUACCUAAAGUCUCCAUCUGCCUUUUUUAUGGCCAAACCAUCAAAAGAGGAAUCGGUAAAGAUAUUAGAGACGGAAAAGAAGAGAUUAGAAAAACAAAUUCAAGAUCUCGGCGAAACUAAACUAAAAGAACUUGGUCAACAAAUUCAAGACGCCAAGACAUUCAAUGACACACCCAUUGAUGAUUGGUCAAAGUACCAAAUAGAGUCUCCAUCACCAAACUCUAUUCGUUUCCACCAACUUGUCACUGUUUGCGAUGAUAAACCACUCGUUGACGAUCAAGAUCACAAGAAGCUGGUCGACUAUAUCACUUCUGAUAGUUCAAAAACAUUACCAUUCCAAAUGCAAUUCAGUCAUUUUGAAAAGACCCUAUUCAUUCAAAUCUUAAUGUUUUUUAAUACUCGUAAUCUUCCAAAUCAUAUUCGUCCCUAUUUGGAAUUAUUUUCUCAAUUAUUCUUCCUUUCACCAAUUAAAGGAGAAACAGAUGAAGAAGAAGAAAUUAUUAGUCAUGAAGAAGUUGAAAUGUUAUUAUUGGAUCAUUUUAUUGAAAAUGAUUUCAAAAAUGGUUUCUCUUUUUGCUUUGAACAGUAUAUGAGUGGAAAGUUCAUUUUGGUCAAGGAGAAUUAUGAAGAUGGCAUUGAUUUGAUUGGAUCGAUUUUCAAGGAUAUUAUAUUUGAUGAAUCACGUAUAAAGGUUAUAGUUCAACAAUGUUUGGAUGAAAUCCCAUCAGAGAGAAAUGAUGCUCCAGAAGUUGCUCGUAAAUUGCAUGAACACCACAACUUUGACAAGGAGUCCUCAAACUUGGUCCAACAAAACUUCCAAAAACAAUUUGUCCUCUUGACCAAGAUUCUACAAGACUUUGAAAAUCAAGACAAGGAAAUGAUCCAAAAGCACAUUGACGCACUUGAAACCAUCAAACAACUUCUCAACGAUCCAGCAAACAUCACCAUUCAAGUAGCUGGUAACAUCUACAGUUUGGACAACCCAAAGAAACCAUGGGAAAUUAUAUUUGAAAAAGAAGAAGAGUCUACAUCUGCUGCUGCUGUCCGUCCAGAACCAUUCUUCCAAUAUGAAGUACGUGAUUUACAAGCAAUGACAAAAGCACAAGCCGAUGUGUUGUUCAUCCCUGGAACAGGAUCAUCUCAUUUCUAUCGUGUUGUUCCACUUGCCCUAGACUAUAGUCAAGUUAUUACCAAAGAAUACGCCUCUUUGGUAGUUGCCACCAACUAUUUUACUCAAAUGGAAGGUCCCAUUUGGAAAUUGCUAAGAGGUUCUGGUUAUUGUUACUCACCAGAUCUCAGUGUAGAGGUUGAAGAAGGAUUUUUAAUUUUUAAAUGUCACAGAAGCUCAGAUCCAAAUAUGGCAUUCAAGAUAUCAAAGGAUAUUGUUUCAAAUGCUCUAAAGAAUGAAUUGGAUGCACAAUGGGUAAUUGGGGCAAGAAGUCAAACCGUUUACGAUCAAUCAUCAAGAUUUAGUACGAUUUUCAAAACCUAUCAACAAUCGGUUCUCAACACUUUAAGAAAAUGGGGACCAAAUGGAUUCCAUGGAAUCCUUUCCUUGAUACCUCAGGUAAAUGAACAAGACAUGAAGGAAUCCAUGUCCAAAUACUUGGUCGAUUUGUUUGACGAUACCAAAUCAUACUUUUCAUUGGUAUCUUCUGAUAUUUCCAAUAUUCAAGCCAUCGUUGACAAUUUUAAUGGUGAAAAUGGUAAACCAACUUUAAAUAUUGUUAGUGCCGAAGAUUAUUUUAAAUAA